AUGGCCCACAGGAAACGAGUAGAGGAGCAUCCUGCAUCUGCCCGACCACAAAGAAAAAAGUAUUCCCCUGAGGCAUACGGGGGCUCUGGCCUAAGCAAGAGCAGGCUCUACCCCCAGGCCCAGCACCCCCAUUACCCCCACUACACAGCCUCGGCCACCCCGAAUCAGUCCGGAGGCGCGGCCGAAAUCCAGGAGCUGGCCUCCAAGCGAGUGGACAUCCAGAAAAAGAGGUUUUACCUCGACGUGAAGCAGAGCUCGCGGGGCCGCUUUCUAAAGAUAGCCGAAGUCUGGAUAGGGAGAGGCCGGCAGGACAAUAUCAGGAAGAGUAAACUGACCCUCUCGCUGUCGGUGGCAGCGGAGCUGAAGGACUGUCUAGGAGACUUCAUCGAGCACUACGCCCACUUGGGCCUGAAAGGCCACCGGCAGGAGCACGGCCACAGCAAAGAGCAAGGCUCCAGGAGGAGACCCAAGCACGCAGCACCCUCCCCACCAGUCUCGGUGGGGUCCGAGGAACACUCUCACAGCGUCCUCAAGACGGACUAUAUCGAGAGGGACAAUAGGAAAUACUACCUGGACCUCAAGGAAAACCAGCGGGGUCGCUUCCUAAGGAUUCGACAAACCAUGCUGCGGGGGACUGGCAUGAUAGGUUAUUUUGGUCACAGUUUGGGCCAGGAACAGACCAUUGUCCUCCCAGCACAAGGAAUGAUUGAGUUUCGCGAUGCCUUGGUCCAGCUCAUUGAAGACUAUGGCGAAGGGGACACAGAAGAAAGAAGAGUUGCAGAUGGUGAUCCCGUUGAGCUUCCAGAGGGGACUUCUUUCAGAGUGGACAGUAAAAGGUUCUACUUUGAUGUGGGCUCUAAUAAAUAUGGCAUUUUCCUGAAGCUCACAAUUUACCCUAAAUCCAGAGAGAAUAUCAACCCUUUUCACUGUUGUCAAACCAAGCGUAAGGAACAGCCCCAUGACACUACAAACACAGUUGAGGAAUAAGGACUAAGUCUCUUAUGUUACACUCCAGCAUAAAGGCAUUCGGUGAAAGAAAUGAACUGAAGUUCAUCAUGAAUGCAAGGCUUCUGUACUUGACAUUCCUCCAUGGAAGGGAAGACAAGUAUCAACGCCAUUGGCAUCCUUUCAAACUGACCUUACGUGGAAUACCUUCCACCACACUGGAGUACUGCUUGACUUGAUCAGGUUUUUUGUUCUCUAUGAGUUAACCAAAACUUUCCAUUUUCAAACUGCCAUUUGUCAGCAUUGAGGCAGAGAAACAAAAACACUCGAAAAUACUUUCUUAAGAGAUCAUGUAACUCUAUACCUCUGAAUUUAAAAAUUGAAGGGAGGUGGUUAAUUUCAACCCUCUUACAAGACACAUUUUUUAAAUCUGUAACUGCUUUAGUGUUAACAGGGUACGAGGUGUUCUUUCGUCCUGUAUUGUAUUUAAAAGCUUCUCAUUGAUUGGUGAUUGUAUUGUACUGUAUCAAAAAUAAAUCAUAAAUUGCCUUGUAUUGUUUAUAAUAGACCAUAUCAUGUAUUAUUUCAGUUUUCAUGUUCCAAGUUUUUCAAUGAUGCAUGUUAACAGUUAGGUCCUAAAAUUCUGUGGUGCUAAUUCUUCCAUACCCAAUGGUGCUUUUGUGGAUGCUAACUGCAUACAUGCUGAACAAAGCUUGAAGUUUAAACCUUUCCUCCCAUUCUCUGUUUAUAUGAAGUAAAAUAAAAUAACUUGAAUUUGUCUCAAAGUAUCACGGACAAUCUAAUAAACUGGUUUAUAUGUGUGA